AUGACCCGCGGCAAGUGCGACAGGCCUCCACCCACUUCCUCGUCCUCGUCCGCUGCCCUACAGAUCACUUGUUAUGAGCAGAACACCACUGUGCGUGAGCCGCCGGGCGGCGAGCGCGCCUCGCAGUCAGGUUGCGCAGCGCAACGCAACCCAGCUCGCUGCGGCUCUGCUCGUGUGGGGUCGACGAACCCCGCCAUACACUGCAGACAAAAGUUCCGACCCCCAGACAGGGAUAAGUCCAGCUCCACUGCUCUGGCGGUCUGCCGGGUCUGCGGAGAGGCACCGCCAAGCUGCUGGCGAGAGAACAGACCACUGAGCCGCGGAGGCAACUUCCGGCACUGUGCUAGCUGUGCGCCAGAGCGCGGCACUCGCGACCCUCGGAGCAGCGCGGCGGUAACGCAAUUUGCGGAGGCGGCUGCGGCAGCUUCGCCUCUCACGGCCCACUCUGCGGACGGGCUGUCUCCGGCCCCCGGGGGCGGGGGGCGGGGCUGUCUCGCCCCCGGCGGCGUCUUGCUCUUUAGCGGCACUGCGCGGAUCAACCGGCGCGCUCGUAGCUGUACGGAGAUCAGAUAUUUACUCUAUGGUGCGCUGCUGCGGUCCCGGACUGCGCUUGUCUCGGGUACAGUGCUCGGCGCUGCCGCCCCACUGCCCCAGAGGCGGGAGGCGGCUCUGCCGGCCCCCAAGGUCGCCCGCGCCGCCGCCCACGCAGGUAAGAAACGUGACGGCUCGGCAGUACAGCAGUGCAGUAAGUUUGUAAAACUCUUCGUUAACAUGUGGGCGCCACGCCGAGCCACUCGCGGCGGCGGCAGCGGCGGCGCCGCGCUGGCCACCCCUGCGGCCUGGGCUAUUGAUCGGCCUGCCCUCCCGGUGGCGCCCUCUGCCGGCGCCGCCCCCGCCCCACCCCUCGUGACGUCACGCGGCGCCGUACGGCCGGCCACGCGGAAAUUCCCGCAGGCUGCCCCGGGGGUGUCGUCCACAGUGGAGGCAGAAGUUAAUGGCCCACCGCUGGUGAGAGAGCGGCGGGUGUGGGUGGAAAUCCAGCAGCGGCAGCGGCGGAGGCGGCUGCGGGAAGCCGGUGCGCUGUUUACAAACAGCGCCGCGUCCGCUCUGGGGUAA